AUGACGUUACAUACUUUGUCACGUGUCAAUGAGGUUUAUUCAGCUUUGGAAACGCGUUAUGCAUUACUUUCCAUGACAUUCAGGAAGUAUAUUGAUAAUGAUUCUUGUUGUUUUAUAGCUGGCAAGGUACUGGAUGAAGGAUUCUCUGUGCUGCGCAUGUUGGACAGUUGUGUUAAACGGAGAGUACAACCACCGGAAACACAAGAAUCUUUAAGAGACAUUCGGGAUUAUUCCAGCAUGGCAAUGGAAUAUUUCGAAGAACAAAUUGCACCAGCUCUACGUAUUCGAGAUCCUUUGAGUCUUCUCUGUCGUUCUCAUUCUCGGUACUCAUUGGAAUCGUUGCCUAACAAUUUUUCGUCUGCAACAUUAAGUGACAGUGUUCGUUCGUUGUGCAGUAUACCCUCUUCGAAUAUCGUAAUAGGCAGGAAUAGUAACAGUCCAGUGACGCGUAAUCUAGAUGAUUUUGCGAAAAUGAAUCAGUGGAAAAGGAGGACUGAUGAGAAAGUGAGACGGCAUGAACGAAUAAUCGCUGAGCAGGAUCGUGUGAUACGUGAACAAAGCAAAGCCAUAAAUAGUAUCAUUGAAUGCAUGCAUCAAAUUAGCUCAAAAAUUUCGUUCAACUUCAUGAAAGAACUGAAAGCUGUUGAAGAAUUAUCGCAACCAAAUUCACCACCUGCAGGUCCGUCUAAAAAAAUGAAACGUUUGGGGAAAAGAAAAUCCAAUACAGCGCUGUCCAGGAAAGAUGUAAAGCGAAAUUAA